AUGAGUAUGCCUCGUGACUCUCUUGAAGCCAAACGUCAAAUGUUAAGUGAAUGUCGAGCUUAUUAUCGAAAUGAUGCUAUCCAAUUAGCCCAAAUUGAUGAAUUUCAAUGCAAAUAUCAAUCAAAAGAUGCCAUUCGUUGGUACACAAAACCUGGAUUUCUAUUUUGUCUAGUUAAUAAAGCUCUACGUAGUCAAGAUAUUUGGGUUUUUUAUAAAUUUCGUUAUUUUAUUAUUGAUUUAUGCUGUUGUUUGGAGCAAGUUUCCAGUUCACAAUCUUUUUCAUCGAUUCGUCUUUAUCGUGGAACAAAACUCAAUCGAGACGAACUUGAACAACUUCAAGUUGGUUGUCUUAUAUCAACGAAUGGAUUUUUUUCAUGUUCAUCUGAUCGUAAUGUAGCCGAAAUGUUUAUUGGUAUUGAUCUUAUGACUGAUAGAUCAUCAAGUCACAAUCGAGAUGCAUGGCAACAAUUCGUAUUAUUUAUUAUCGAUGUCGAUCGUAGAAUAUCCACGAAUACUGUUGUAGCAGAUGUUAGUCAUGAAAGUGAUAUACCAGAUGAAAACGAAAUGAUUUUUAACUUCGGAUCGACCUUCAUUAUCAAUGAUAUAUGUUUCGAUAAUGAUAAAUGCAUAUGGUUGAUUCAAAUGAGUUCAUCUUCGGACAAUGCUCGAAUCAAUGAUGGAUACGAGAAAUAUACUCGUAUACGUCUUCAACACAUUAAUCCAACUAUCAUGUUUGGUCAUGUCUUAUGUUUUAUUGGCCGUGAUUUUAGUCAAUCGAUGAAUUAUUUUCACCGUUUACUGAGAACAUUACCCAUUGAUCAUAUCGAACGACCGAAUAUUUAUUAUAAUUUAGGUCGCAUUUAUCGAUAUAUAGAGAAAUUCGACAAAUCUCUCAAUUGUUUUCGUUGCGCUCGAUUACUCGUUCGUCGUCUAUUACCAGAGAGAAUGUUUGAUUAUUGUCGUAUUUUGGGUGGAAUGGGUACUGUGUAUUCACACUUGGGAGAUACGGAAUUGGCAUUAAAAUUGCUUAGACAAGUUUUAGUACUUCAGAAGAAAUCAUUCCCGGAAAACCAUACAGAAAUGGCAUUUCAUUUGAAACGCCUAGGUCAUGCUUAUUUCAAAGCCAAACAAUAUAGCCAUGCAUUUUCGAUUCUUACUAGUGCUUCGAAAUUUUUCCAGACGAAAAUGCAUAUUGACCACCAAGAAUACGCUCGGACUUUGCAUACAAUGGGUUUAGUACAUCGUGCUCUGGGUGACGAUAAAAAAGCAUUAAUCUAUUUUCAACAAGCAUUGCAAAAACAACAUUCAUUACUUGCUAAAGAUAAUCCUUAUCUGGCAUCUACUUAUUAUCAACUUAGUCUCAUACAUAACGACCGUAGUGAAUCUGAAAUUGCACUAGAUUACGUUAAAAAAUCCUUAAGUAUACAAUUGAUCAAAUUGCCACAUAAUCAUUCCGAACUGAAACUAUCAAGGGAACUUUUGCAACGCCUUCAGCAAUCCCAAUAA